GUCGCUUUCCUAACACUCCUAUACCAUGUCUGAGCAACCCGACGUCAAGCCCGAAGGCCAAACCGAGCACAUCUCCAUCAAGGUUGUUGGUGCCGGUAACGAUGAGGUGUUCUUCAAGAUCAAGCGCUCUACCCCUCUGAAGAAGCUCAUGGAGGCUUACUGUGACCGUUCGGGAAAGACUUUCAACACUGUGCGGUUUUUGGUUGAUGGUGAGCGUGUCAGACCUGAUCAGACUCCUGAGGAUAUGGAAAUGGAGGACGGUGACCAGAUUGAGUGUAUGAUUGAGCAGGUUGGUGGAUGCUGA